AUGACCACGUUACACAUGGAGAGUCACGUGACGGAGGACUCCGGAGGAGGGGGGCAGGGGGGUGCGGGCGUGGGCCGUUCCGGGGAGCCGAGGGCCCCUCCAAUGGAGAGAAUGCUCCGGCACCAGGACGAAGUGAGGAGGAGGAGCGAGGAGGAAGUGCGCAGCAGGCAGGAGCUCAGCCUCAGCUCCUCCAUGCGUCUGAAGAAGCUCUCACAGAAGCCCGGGGUCGGCGUCGACAACCCCACCUUCGAACCUGCCGGGACUGUGGAGUCUGCACAGGACACGGGAGGGACCUCAAAACUGCUGGACCUGGAGGACCUGUCCACAUCCCUGAAGCAGGCCCAGCACUCUCUCAGCGAUGCCGAGAGCCAGGAGGAUGUGGAGGUCCUCCUGCGCCUGGUUCAGAAGGCCGCCUUCCAGAGCGCCUUCAGCUUGCACAAUGCAGUGCUGCACAGCGCGGCCCAGAACAACCCGCCCCUGCCCCUCACGGGCCCGGCACAGGGGCUGGCACAGGAGGUGCAGACCAUGUUGCAGCUCAUCCAGAACACGGAAGGUGUGGAACUUAACACCUUGCUGACUUCUCCUCACCUCCAGGCUCUGAUGGAGACUCAGGACAGCGGGGUGGAGCAGCAGGUGUAUCUGGAGCCCCUGCUCAGGCCCGGCCAGAGCCUGGUGCAGCACGGGGGCGAGACCGUCAAGCUCGUGCACCUGGAGAAGGCCCGAGACGUCCCUCUGGGGGCGACGGUGCGUAACGACUCGGGCAGCGUGGUUAUCAGCCGCGUGGUGAAGGGGGGGGCAGCGGAGCGGAGCGGCCUGCUGAAGGAGGGCGAUGAAAUCCUGGCGAUCAACGGGGUGGAGAUGCGCGGGAAGAGCAUCAGCGAAGUCUGCAACAUCCUGGCGGAGAUGCACGGCUCCCUGAGCUUCAUCCUGAUCCCUGCCUCGAAGUCCGGGCCCGCGCCACACCGAGAGAAUGUGGUCCACGUGAAAGCGUACUUCGACUACGACCCCUCGGACGACCCUUACCUGCCCUGCCGCGAGCUGGGGCUCUCUUUCCUGAAGGGGGACGUCCUGCACAUCAGCAGCCAGGACGACCCCAACUGGUGGCAGGCGUACCGCGACGGUGACGAGGACAACCAGCCACUCGCUGGGCUGAUCCCAGGGAAGAACUUCCAGCAGCAGAGAGAAGCUAUGAAGCAAACCAUAGAGGAGGAUGUCGAGCCUGAGAAGUUUGGAAACCUUUGGUGUGCAAAGAAGAAUAAGAAGAAGAGUAAGAAGAUUCUUUCCAGUAACAAAGAUGACGCUUAUGACAGCGAGGAAAUCCUGACCUAUGAGGAGAUGGCGCUGUACCACCAGCCGGCCGACCGCAAACGGCCCAUCGCCCUGAUUGGUCCUUCCAACAGCGGGAAGAGCGAGCUGCGGCAGAGGCUCAUGUUUCACGAGCCGGAGAGAUUCGGCGGCGCUGUACCGCACACGACGCGACCCCAGCGGCCGGCCGAGGUGGACGGGCAGGACUACCACUUCGUGUCGCGGCAGGCCUUUGAGGCGGAAGCGACCGCCAUGAAGUUCAUCGAGUCGGGCGAGUUCGAGGGGAACCUGUACGGCACCAGCACCGACUCGGUCCGACAGGCGAUCAACGCGGGCAAGAUCUGCCUGCUGUGCCUGCACACCCGGUCCCUGAAGGUGUUGCGCAGCUCAGAUCUGAAGCCCUACAUCGUCUUCCUUGCUCCUCCCUCCCAGGAGCGAUUGCGCACCCUGCUGGCCAAGGAGGGGAAAAAACCCAAGCUGGAUGAACUCAGGGAGAUCAUUGAGAAGGCACGGGAAAUGGAGCAGAACUGUGGACACCUGUUUGAUGCUGUCAUCAUUAACACUGACCAGGAAAAGGCUUUCCAGGAACUGCUGCACCUAAUCAACAAGCUUGACACUGAGCCACAGUGGGUCCCCGCCUCCUGGCUCCGUUAA